AUGACAUCUGAGCACUGUGGCCCCCAGAGCCCAGGGAGUACCAUCAUGACCUUCCGCCCAACCAUGAGAGAAUUUUCAGAUUUCAGCAGGUACAUCGCCUACAUGGAGUCCCAAGGGGCACACCGAGCCGGACUGGCCAAGGUCAUCCCACCCAAGGAGUGGAGAGCCAGGCAGUCCUAUGAGGACGUCAGUGACAUCUUAAUAGCCAGUCCCCUGCAGCAAGUGGUGUCUGGCCAGGCAGGUGUGUUCACUCAAUUCCAUAAGAAGAAGAAAGCCAUGACGGUGGGACAAUUCCGUGACCUGGCCAACAGUAAGAAAUACCAGACCCCGCCACACCUGAAUUUUGAAGAUUUAGAGAGAAAAUACUGGAAAAGUCGAUUCUUUGGGUCACCGAUUUAUGGUGCAGAUGUCAACGGCUCCCUGUUUGAUGAGAACACUCAGUAUUGGAAUGUGGCCCACCUGGGAAGCAUUUUGGACCUCUUGAAGCAGGAAUGUGGCAUUGUGAUUGAGGGUGUCAACACGCCCUACCUGUACUUUGGCAUGUGGAAGACCACCUUCGCGUGGCACACGGAGGACAUGGACCUGUACAGCAUCAACUACCUGCACUUUGGGCAGCCCAAGACGUGGUAUGCGGUGCCCCCCGAGCAUGGCCGACGCCUGGAGCACCUGGCCAGGCAGCUGUUCCCGGGCAGUUCCCAGGGCUGCCAGGCCUUCCUGAGGCACAAGGUGGCACUCAUCUCACCCACUGUGCUCAAGGAGAAUGGUAUCCCCUUUGGCCGCAUGACGCAGGAGGCUGGGGAGUUCAUGGUCACCUUUCCCUAUGGCUACCACGCUGGCUUCAACCAUGGCUUCAACUGUGCAGAGGCCAUCAAUUUUGCGACCCCGAGGUGGAUCAACUAUGGCAAGGUGGCUUCUCAGUGUAGCUGUGGGGAGGCCAGGGUGAGCUUCUCCAUGGACGCCUUUGUUCGGAUCCUGCAGCCUGAGGGACAUGAGCUGUUGAAACAUGAGGGACAUGGAAGUGUGGACUACCCAGAGGUCGCCUCGCACCCCAGUCAGGAGACAUUUACUCUGACUCAGAGGCAUCCCUGUGCGGGACCCCUCAGGUGUGUGGUAAGCAGAGCCCUCAACAGCUGCCCUUACACUAAGGUGGGCUCUGAGUCCCAGCGCCUUUCAACAUCCAAGCUUUUGGCUCCUCAAUUCACUGUGCCGGAGAGAAGAUUCUCCAAGCAAGCUUCCGGGGCCUCCCUGAUCUUCAUGGAUACUGCUGAUGCCAGAGCCCUGGACCUUUCACAACAUGCACAGGCCUAUGGAAUCUUGGAUAGGAGCCCCCAAAUCUCCCUGCCACUCAAGAAGAUGGACUUGAACUCAACAGACACAGGUUCACCUCCUGCCCCUUAG